AUGGCAGCUCCUAUCAAAGAUAUUGUCAUCCCCGACAGCGCACCAACAAGUUUAAUGUUACAGAAACAUGCCGAUUACAUCGCUGCAUAUGGCAACAGAAAGGAUGAUUAUGAAUACAUCAUGACAGAAUUCUUACGUAUGAACGGCAUGUACUGGGGCCUGACUGCCAUGGCUUUGGCUGGGCAGCUGGACCGCAUGGAUAAGUCAGAGGUUGUGGACUUCAUCCACAAGUGUCAGCACGAGUCUGGUGGAUUCAGCUGCAGCAUCGGCCAUGACCCUCAUCUGCUGUCAACACUAAGUGCUGUCCAGAUCCUCACCUUGUUUGAUGCCCUGGACUCUGUCGACACCGCAGCCACUGUGAAGUGGGUCAAGAGUCUACAACAGCCUGAUGGUAGUUUCUUUGGGGAUAGGUGGGGUGAAGUGGACAGCAGAUUUUCCUUUGUUGCUGUGGCUUGCCUGGCAUUGUUGAAAAGCUUGGAUCAAGUGGAUGUUGACAAGGCUGUGGAGUUUGUUCUGUCCUGUAUGAACUUUGAUGGGGCUUUUGGUUGUCGACCAGGCAGCGAGUCCCAUUCUGGCCAGGUGUACUGUUGUGUUGGUUUGCUGUCAAUCACUGGAAGACUUCACCAUGUCAAUGCUGACCAGUUAGGCUGGUGGCUGUGUGAGCGACAGCUGCCCUCUGGGGGUCUCAAUGGUCGACCUGAGAAACUUCCAGACGUCUGCUACUCUUGGUGGGUGUUAUCGUCUCUGAAAAUUAUUGACCGCUUACACUGGAUUGACAAGGAGAAACUGGUCAGCUUUAUUCUGGCCUGUCAGGACGAGGAGACUGGAGGCUUUGCUGACAGACCUGGAGAUAUGGUUGACCCAUUCCACACAGUGUUUGGCCUAGCAGGCCUGUCUCUGUUGGGCGACACUUCUGUCCAGCCAGUCAACCCUGUCUUCUGUAUGCCAGAGGCUGUCAUCAGGAAGUUAAAUAUACAGCUGCAGUAUUUGUAG